AUGGUUUACCUUCUCUUAUAUGUUGACGAAAUCAUUCUCACUGCUUCAAGACAAACUCUCAUUGAUUCUUUCACGGAGUCACUCAAAGCUGAGUUCCCAAUUACCGAUGGUGGUCGAUUAAGUUACUUUCUCGGGGUCAAGGCCGAGUAUAACAAAGCUGGGAUUCUGCUUUCUCAAUCACAUUAUGCAAAGUCUAUCAUAGCUAAAGCUAAUAUGGAAGACUAUAAACCAGUAGCGACUCCGGUGGAUGUCAACUCCAAGCUCAUAGCUGAAUGUGGAGAAAAGAUUCAGAAUCCAACAGAGUAUCAAAGCUUAGCAGGAGCUAUGCAAUAUUUGACAUUCACUAGGCCAAAUAUCACGUAUGCGGGCACACUGACCCAUGGCCUGCAACUUUAUAGAGGGACAGUCGGCUCUCUCACUGCUUAUACAGACUCAGAUUGGACAGGUUGCUCAGACACAAGACGCUCAACAUUGGGUUAUUGUGUCUAUCUAUGCGAAAACUUAAUCUCUUGGUCAUCCAAACGCCAACAAAUUGUGUCACGUUCUAGUGUCGAAUCCGAAUAUAAAGGAGUAGCUAAUGUGGUAGCUGAAACUUGUUGGAUAAGGAACCUCCUGCUGGAAAUGCAUAUACCGAUCUGA